UCGAAGAAUGUCGGCAGGUGACGUGUCGCGAAUGCCCGAGAAACGGGGACGCUUCCACGACGUUGGAUUGGACACGCCUCGACGCAUCGUGGCCGCACAUUUGGCACGCUGUUUUUUGUCUCUGCUGCUCCCACCGUCUCCCGGUCGCUCCGAGUUUCGGCACGCUUCUAAUCUCGUCACGUGCGCGUGCGUCCACCGAUAUCGGUCUCCGCUCUCGCUCUCUCCCCCCACGACUUGCUCGAGCUGACGAGGUAACCCUGCACUCCCAUCUCGUUCUCCCUGCAAAUCCUUCACGUCCCCGAGGGUGAAAUGGUGACAGCUUGUUGCUCUGGCAAGCACUAUUGACCCAGGCAAGGCUAAUUUUCCGUGAUGCCUACCGAGUGCAUCAAUUUUUUAAACUUCUCCUAAUAGAGUCGCUUGUGAAGCCUUGUGCCCUUACGCCUUCCGUAGAAUGUGGAAUUUUGGACCCAACUUUAGUGCUGGAAAUGUUGUUUCAAAAAGUGAGAAUCAAAAAUCGACUCAAGCUGCAUCAGAAUGCUCAGAUGAUGAUGUCUCUUCCAAUAUUAGCACAGAGGAAGGUCUGGAGUGCCCUAUAUGCUGGGAAUCCUUUAAUAUAGUUGAAAAUGUCCCUUAUGUCUUGUGGUGCGGCCAUACCCUUUGCAAAAAUUGUAUUUUAGGAUUGCAAUGGGCAGUUGUGAAGUUUCCUACUCUUCCGAUUCAGCUUCCGCUCUUCAUCUCCUGUCCAUGGUGCAAUCUCUUGUCCUUCCGUCUAGUUUAUAAGGGCAACCUUAAGUUUCCCCGAAAGAACUAUUUCUUGCUCUGGAUGGUCGAGAGCAUGAAUGGUGACCGAGGGAAAUUGUGCUCCUCCUCCUGUGAAGAUCAUCAGUUACAGUGGCCAUCAAACAGUAAUCCAUCUCUGGGAAGUCGAGUGAGCAGGGGUAACUUGAGGAGGAUGCAACAUGUCCACCGUAGUGAGUCAGCUGGAUCAAGUCAUGAUCAAAAUCGUGUCAAUGUCUCUCUCAAUAUGGAAAGAAUACAUUCUUCCUUGCGGAAAUCUCUGGUUUUCUUUGUUCACCUGACGGCAAAAUUCCCUCUAGUUAUCAUAUUCCUCCUCAUUGUGCUAUAUGCAAUACCGGCCAGUGCAGCCAUCUUGGCUUUGUACAUGCUUAUCACAGUUCUUUUUGCUCUCCCUUCCUUUCUCAUCUUGUACUUUGCAUAUCCUAGCUUGGACUGGCUUGUGAGGGAGAUCAUCACUUAAGAGGCCAGUUGCUUUUGCCUAUUUCAGUGUGAAUAUUAGCUUCCAUCUGUGAAAAAUACCCUCAUACCCAUAUAAAUUUUUCUAAGUCUCACCUUCCAUGGAAUUCUUGGCUGCUCAUUUUCUGUAAGUCCGUGAUCUCAUUAUUUCCCUUAUCAUCAACUAGGCUAGUUGGUCAUGUGAUUUAAACUUUGUCAUGUCUUUUCAGAAACUCAUUGGCAGUGUGAUUUGACGGCCUUGUUUUUGUGCUGGUUCUGUUUUUGUGCUGGUUCUUCAUUCUCAGAGUUACUCUUAAUAAAUCUCUGUGUUAGGACUAUCUCAUCCAGAGAAUCACUGCCAGAGGUUGCUAUGUCUUCUUAAUGUGGCGGGGCUCUUAUAGAAUAAUGUUGAAAAACUCUUUUUAGUGGUUUAGUUGAUUUAUAAAGCUGUGAGUUUGUAUAGAGACCAAUGUUAAAAAUGAAAUCUUUGUUCGAUUAUGCCGGAGGAGAUGGAGGAGAUGGUUCGUGGCUUUGUAAAAAGGAACAUUUCAUCUGUGCAAUUUCUUUUUAGCCAGUGGAUUGUCAUGAAGUCAGGAGGUCUUUCUUUCUUCCAAGUGAUGGUGAGAGAUUUGGAGAAGUCCCAGCUGUUCAUUGUAUUGA